AUGCCACACCAAAUUUCUUUCUCGUUUCCUAACCCAGUUACUUUCACUUUGCUGUGUUUCUUUCACAUUGCUAUACCUUAUUUCUUUCAAGUUGCUGUACUCUUUCUCUCUCACGAUGCUGUACCCUUUUUCUUUCACGUUGUUAUACCCUUUUUCUCUCACAUUGCUAUACCCUUUUUCUUUCACGUUGUUGUAGCCUUUUUCUUUUACGCUGUUGCAUCUUGUUUUUUGACGUUGCUGCAUCCUUUUUAUUUUUCAUUUUGCUCCCCACUGUUUCGUUCACGAUGCUCCCCUGGUUUUCACUGUCACAAGUUGACUUUUGCACAAUGUAUCUUUACAUCUCAUUCUUACACUGUGCUACGCCCUUUUUUUUCAAACUUUACUGCACAUCCUGUGUCCUUCACAUGGUUACCAACUGUUUUCUUCACUUUACUGCCCACUCUUCGAUUUGUUGCACCCUGUUUCUUUCGUGUUGCUAUGCACUGUUUCUUUCAUUCUUUGCCGCACUCUGCUUCACGAUGCUGCACACUGUUAAUUUCACGUUGCUAUGCUCUCUUUCAUUCAUUCUCGCUCUCUCAUUUUCCGACGUCCAACAUCUUUUGCUAUUAA